AUGGCCGCUGGUAAGGACUGCGUCAAGGUGGCCAUACGUGUCAGACCCUUCAACAAGCGGGAGAGGGACGCAGGCAGCCGGUGUGUGGUGUCGAUGAGCGCCAACACCAUCACCAUCCAGGACCCGCGCAGCAGCCAGGCACGCCGCACCUUCACCUUCGACUACGCCUUCUGGUCACACAGCGGCUACGUCAGGAACAGGGACGGACUCUUCGUACCGGAGGAAUCUGGGGGCCGAUACGCUGAUCAGGCUACAGUGUUUAAUGACCUGGGCCAGGGUAUCCUGGAGAACGCCCUGCAGGGCUACAAUGCCACCCUGCUGGCGUACGGCCAGACGGGCUCGGGGAAGAGCUACUCCAUGGUCGGGUACGGGCCCAACAAGGGCCUGGUGCCCACCCUGUGCCAGCGCCUCUUCCAGGCCGUCAAGGCCAACCAGGACACAUGCCAGUGCCAGGUGUUGUUCAGCAUGCUGGAGAUUUACAACGAACAGGUGAUCGACCUCCUAUCCAAAGGCGGGCGUUCCCCAGCGGGUCUGCGCGUGCGUGAGGAACAGCAGAGGGGGUUCUAUGUGGAGGGGCUGCGGCGGGUUCCGUGUGACAGCGCCGCGCAGGUGGAACAGCUGAUGGAACAGGGAACACGCACUCGCACCACCGCCACCACACACAUGAACGCCAACAGCAGCCGAUCACACAUGCUCAUCAUCGCACAACUCAAACAGAUCUUCUCCAAGGAGAACAUCACUAAGCAGUCCAAUAUUAACCUGGUGGACCUGGCGGGCAGUGAGAGGCAGCGGUGCUCCGGCCCAGAGGCCGACCGCCUCAAAGAGGGCACCGCCAUCAACGUCAGCCUCACCACCCUGGGCAAUGUCAUCAGCUCGUUGGCAGAUGCUGCCCUGGGUAAGAAGGUGGUGCAUAUCCCCUACAGGGACUCCGUCCUCACCAAACUGCUGCAGUCUGCACUCGGAGGAAACAGCCGCACUGUCAUGAUUGCCACCCUGAGUCCCUCCGACAUCUGCUACGAGGAGUCCCUCUCCACCCUCCGCUAUGCAGAGAGAGCCAAGCGUAUCCAAAAUAAAGCGGUGGUGAAUGAGAGUCCUACUGAGCGGCUGGUGAAGGAGCUGAAAGCAGAGAACGCCAAACUGCAGCUGAGGCUCAGUAGACUGGGACAGGACGCACGCAAAGAGGAGGAGAGCAAGGAGCUGCGUAGGCUGCUGAGCCAUAAUGAGAUGCAGAUCAAAGCCAUCCAGACGCUGUGGGAGCAGCACUUACAGGAGGCCCUGAGGGACUGGCAGACGCAGUACGCAACCAUCACACAGGAACGGAGGAUGAUGCAGAUGCAUCCCUACAUCCUCAAUGUCAACGAGGACCCACAACUCUCAGGUGUCAUCAAGCUCUUCAUACAGGAAGGUGACUGGGAUAUCGGUCUGUCGGAAGGUUCUAGUAGAACCAUCACCAUCAAGGGACUAGGUAUUCAGGAGAGGCAUGCUGUGUUCACUAAUGAGGAGAGGAGGGUUUCCCUGACGCCAGUCUCGGGUUCAAAGGUCAUGGUCAACGGAUUGCCCAUCAGCCAGCGCACUGAACUGCAACACCUGGACCGCCUCAUCCUGGGCUCCAGUAGUACCUACCUGUUUGUGGGUUUCCCGUGUGAGCGCGGGGCGGAUGACUGGAGUCGCUAUGACUACGACUACUUCCAGUCUGAGCUGGCUGCCGCCGCCGGCAUUCACAUCCCCUCCCUGUGUGAGGAACAGAGUCCAGGGGAGCCCAGUGCUGGUCUAGAUCAGACUGACCCCAGCCUGCUGGCCGUCUUCUAUGACUACAUCAAACUCAUCCCCAUGGUGACCGAAGCCAACCAGAUGAGCCAGGAGCUCAAUAAGGGGGUGGAGUUCAAGCUGGAGAUCAAGAACCUGGCCAUGUCGGACUGCCGCGGCCGCGACCUUGAGAAGGACAUCGCUGUGCGCGUCACAUCACUGGAAAACAAACAGGUGUGGAUGUGGUCCAAGGUGAAGUUCAUCAACCGCAAGUUCCUGAUGGAGGAGGUAUACCAGCAGCAUCAGAUGACAGCGACCAGCGGCAGCUCUACUAGCGGUGGUGGCGGCAGGAACCAGGGCGGGGUGGGCGACCGCCUGCCCUUACCCAGAGACAGAGACCCGUUCUGGGACCCGCUGGAGCCGCUGCACCUUGGCAGUGCUCAUCUGUGGCUGCAGUCGCUGGCCUUCCGCAUCCCCCUGGAGGAACAGGUGGAAGUGCUGGGCUCCGAGGGCACGGAGGAAGCCAUCCUGCAGGCACAGCUGCUGCCCUGCAGCCCCAUGGGACUACCUCUUGGAGAGGAAGACAUCCUAAUCGACCCCACAGAGCUACUUGGCAAAAGGCUGGAUUUUCAACUCUUCCUGGAGCAGUGCUGUGGACUACGGUGGCUUAAAGAGGCCAAAAAUAGAGGAGUCCAGAUCGGGUUCCGUGUGUAUGACUGUCCUCAGACGUUCUACACGCCAGCCGUGUGGCACAAUGUGAACCCUGUCCUGGAGCAGCGGCUGCACUUCACGGCCAUGCGCACCUCUCAAGACCUGCUCAACUACCUGCAGAGCAGCGCGCUGGUGCUGGAGCUCUGGGGACUACAGGAGGGUUGUGCUGAUAUGGUGUCGCCCAUGGAGGGACUGAGGAUGACUCCAGAGGGAAGCUUCAUCAUCGACAAGGCCAGCGCUCCAGACCCUUCUGUGAACCUGAGGUCAGCUGUGAGGGCUCUUCACCAGGAGCUGGAGCAGAUGAGGAGCGCCAACGCUGCACUGAGGAAGGAGAACAACGCGCUCAGAGAACAACUCAAUAACAGAGGUUCUGAGAGUGCGCGGACUCGUGCGGAGAGGGAGAGGGAUCGGGAUCGGGAGCGUAAGGGCAGCGUGCGGCCCAGCUGUGAUGCGGAGCUGGCCCGCGCCCUCAAGGUCUUCUACCACAGCAUGACCUCCGUCCGGGCACAGCUGCAGAGGCUACGCAGACACAGGCCCAGCGAGGAGGCCGAUCUGCUGGGCUUGAGGCUGUUUGUGGAUGAGCAGUCUCGGCUGCUGAGGGACUUUGGGGAGCAGCUGGAGCAGAGCGUCACCGCCCUCAAACAGGAUGUGGCGGCCAUCGUACGCCGCAAGAGAGAACGCUCCGGAAUAUGGUCAUAACCAAGGACACGACGCUCCGGAAUAUGGUCAUAACCAAAGAGACGAUGCUCUGAACAUGGUCAUACCCAAGGAGACCAUGCUCCGGAAUAUGAUCAUAAGCCGAUGUUCUGGAAUAUGGUCAUAACUAAGGACACGAUGCUCCAGAAUAUCAUGGUCAUGACUAAAGAGAUAACAAGGGGAUAUUUGGAAUGACAUUUGGGGAAAGCCAAUGUUACGAUGUUUUGAACACAACCAAACCAUGCUCCCUAUCAGCUUAGCAGGAUCUUGGAAAAGGCUGAACAGAAAGGCCGAUGCUUAUGGUGUUCGGGUACUGACAAUUCUGCAUGUUGACAUUGGUUGGUAUCUAUCUAGGCUCUUUGUCAUCACAGUGUGAGUGAAGGAGGCAUCUGGACCUAAUGAGGGACACAAGGAAGAGCCAUAUUGGCUGUUGGGGAGGACAUCAUAUUAUGGGCUCUACCAGAGAAAGUGUAACAUAUGAGAGGGGUCACUCCAUAUUGUACUGCCAAAAACGUGCAGUUCCAGUUUGUCCAGUUUCGAAUGUAUCGCAACUUUCUUACAUAUCUGACGUCACAGUGAUAAGGGCUGAUCAAGUGAUGUGCAAAAUCAGUCCCUUUUUCAGGAAAAAUGUACAUUGUGCUUUACAUAUCAAUUUGUAAAUAGGAAUUGUGUCCAUGAAUAAAGAAGCUAACAUUCCCUCACACCUACAAAGGCAUGCUGAAGGAUAACAGUUAAGUGAUGUGCGAAACCCUUGCAGUGUCCUUUCUUUAACGAAAGAAACGGU